ACACACCAGCUCACCACUGCGCUUGGCACUUUGCACAGGUUCACGGCUGUUCCCUCAGGGUCAUUGCUCACCGCGCAUUAUUUUCCUGCCAGCUGCGUCAGCGUUGUAUGACGCAUGCCUCACGGGCGUUCAAUAACCCUUGCAUCAUCUCAAGGCAAGAAGCAGCGGCAGAGCGUGCCGGGUGAAGACCUUUGAGACCAAGGCUAUACAUACAGCAGCAGCAGCCGUGCGCAGUAUGAGCGAAAUGGCGAAAGGGGCGGAGGGCCAAGAGGCGCAGGAUGUAGGAAUGGGCGAGUCGGGCAAGGGGCCCGAGCCUGGGACCGAAGAGGAAGCCCCAUGGCAAGAGGUCAGGACGUGUCUUCUCUGCUUCAACAAGCUCCGCGACCCCAGUGUCAAGUACCAGGCCAACCCAUCCAAGGAGAACGCGAGUGGCCUGAUAAUCGCCACCGGCAGCUGCUGGCACGUGUUUCACCUCGACUGCAUCCAGAGAUGUCUCAUGAACCAGUCCUUGUGCCCUGUUUGCGAAAAUAAGGGGUGGGAGUUCGCAGCGAUCAUUCAUUUGAAAGGCUACCCGAGGGUGGAAUCUUGAGCCAGCAGCAGCUGGAACACGUUUUGUCAUGCCGUAUGCAACCUUUCCCACCUCUUUGGUGUUAUGCAGGUUGGACAGAUGCUAUUGCUAAACCGUGCUUACUGUGAUCUAGGAGCGUUAAGGGAGAAGUUUACGCUUCUCUCCGAUCGCUGAGUUGAAGAACCACUUGUUGAUUGGUUGAGGUGUUGAUUUGGUGUGACCGCUCCUCCGAACUGGAUUCGAACGGAAAGGUUAGGUGUUUUUCACUCGUAUUGGCUGCGGGGUUGAUUUGAUGAUUUGGUGUGACCUCGCUCCUCCGGACGUGGUUCUCACGGCACUACUGUAUGCAAAGAGAUAACAAGAACGAAUUUGCACCGGUCCCGCAUGAUAGGGUGGUGCGGUAGACCGUAGAAAGAGGCUGGUGUAUUAUUCCUGAUUCCGAGAGAGCCAGAUUACAACUUCGGUUGUGACAAACCAACGCGACGACUGUCGUCGACGUUGCCUGUCGGGAGCGGGGGUUGCCGCGGGUGGGAAGGACGGCUGGCUGCUGGCUGAAUUUGGUCAUAAUUCUUGGGGGAUGUGGAGCUCCGGUCGUUGUUAUUCCAAGCGCACAUUGGGAGCGAAAAAGCCGCUUCUGCCAUGUUUUGGUGACGCUACGACUCACAGAACCCGCUAAGUCAGACAAACAUCUCUUGCUCUCUGUUGGUGAAGCGCCAAGUCACCACCAUGACAGCAGCGAGGGGCACAACACGCCGACCUGCUUCCUGAUACGUCACACCGACACAGGUGCUGCGCGACCUAUUUAGUUCGGUGUCCAAACAUAACUACCACCACCCUGCGACGCAAACCCUGUCACGGAGGAUGGCCAAACAAGUAACGUCUCGGAGCGGGUUGGUGCAGUGACCGGCCAUGCCUACACGGUUCUUGCGAAAAUGCGAUAAUGAAGUGAUGGCUACAGCGCGCCUCGCCUGCUGACGCUUUCGGGUAAAACUCUUUGCGGAAACAAGGAAGAUGUUGGUUGAACUAGCUGCCACCAACCACAAAAUCUCUCAGAGAGAAACCAAGUGUCGCCGCUGCAGACGCAACACUGUGGGAUUUGCCAAGCCUACUUGCCCAAGGGAGCAUAACGGUCUGGGGAUAUGCAAGUAUUUCUAAGCGCGCAACCGCCGAGCUUUGCAUGCUUGACCCCCAACCUGUUGGUCGCUGGUUCUCACGUAAGAUACAAAACAAAACGUGAAGAACAGAAAAAAAAAUCAGGCCCCUGCCUCCCGGUUACGAACAAACCUCCUAUAGAGCGAAUCAGGCGAAACGACGUGGGUCUCCUCAAUACAUUAUUCACAUUCACAGCUGACAACAUCAGAAACGAGCAUCAUACCAUUCCCACACUACCUCCUGCCACGGUGGGGCGUUUCCCGGCAUGCCAACCCCGUCAGUCACAACUCCCCGAUGGUCCACCUCUCUCCAACCGUCGAUGCCAUGGAACUCGCAAAUCGCGCUCAGGGCGUCACUCCUCGCGUCAUCCAAGGCAGCCACACCGUCCGCACAACCACUUCCGCCAGCCUGAGAAGUGCUGGUCGCUGAGGUGGCCAUACCAGAUCCCAGCACCAGAGUAUCGACGACGUGACUCUCUAGUCGAAGCGUGCUGGACGUUUCACUCAAGCACAUCUGCGCGAAUGCCUUCACCGGAAACCGGGGGUCCGGGGAUGGACACGAAAAGUGUAUGUUUUCCUCCUUGAUGACCCCGCGCUCAAGGCCAUGUCUAGGGCACGACAGUGGAGCGUUGUGCCAUGGGGAGUGCAGAUGAAACUCGGAAAAGUAGCGCCUGUAGCGAAACGAAGCACCGGCCACGAGAAAAGGGCGACUGGCAUCUGGAGACCA